AUGUCAGGAUACCUGUGGGACGAGGCCAACUCGAUCGCGGGCGAAGCCCUCACGAUGCGCACUUUUCCACUGACUCAAAUCAUCACGAAAGAGCCUUUAUACGGCAACGGCUCCAUUCAUUUCAAGCACAUACGCCACAAGAUUCAAGACGUUCUAAUCGUCUCAUCGAGCGAUGGGUCAGCUGAAGCGGUGUACCGAAAUGAGACGCCUGUGGCACAAGAGUGCCACUUAUCUUGGUGUGUAAAGACCAUGAGCUCGUCAUAUACUUGGGGCGGGUAUAAUGAAGAAGUAGUUGACACUGUCUUCAACACUACUUCUGGUCCAUUUCCUUGGGAAGCCUAUCCUUACCAGACCGAGGUUGAGAACGGUACCGAUAUCUUCUAUAUGGAGAACAUAACUAUCAAGGCGGGAGAAUUCACCGGCGAUGGCAGGCUUGCCAAUUUUGGGACGUCAAAUAAUACUGCCUUGGCGUUGAUGCAAGGCUUCACAGAUAUAUUCCCCGCAUACACCACUCAGGUCAAUGAGUCAGCUUCCCCGAUUCUGCGCUACAAGACAUGGAAGACGGGUUCUCCAUGGCACCAAACGCUCUUCUUCAACCCGUGGCUUGCUCCAAACAAUGUCACGAGGCACAUGGAACGAUUAGCCACAGCUCUGACCAACGUUAUACGAUCAGCGCCUACCCGCGAGGAUGUCGAAGGCCACGCGUUUUCUAAGGCCAACUUCGUAUCAGUAAGAUGGGCAUGGCUUACGUUCCCACUUCUCUUACUGGUCCUAAGCUUUAUCUUUCUGGUUUCGACAAUAAUCAAAACCUCCAAGGAUACUGGUGCCGGCAUCUGGAAGACCUCCGCGAUGCCGACCCUUAUCUACAGCUUGCCGAAAGAGGCGCAAGCCCAAUUCACCAACUCGUCAACAUGGAAUAGCGCACAGGAUACAAAGAAAGUCCGCAUAAGAUUGCUACCGAAGACAGGAUGGAGGGUGUCCGGCCAGAGUUUAUUGAGCCGUUCUCCGCAGUUACCACAACCUGCUGUUCAAGCACCACGUGGCUGGAUUUGA